CCUAAAUCACCCCUCCAACCUCUACGCCUACGAGAGCAUGGACAUCGAGUUCGAGUGUGCGGUCUCGGGAAAGCCGGUGCCCACCGUGAACUGGAUAAAGAACGGAGACGUAGUCAUUCCUAGUGACUAUUUUCAGAUCGUGGGAGGAAGCAACUUGCGGAUCCUUGGAGUGGUCAAGUCGGAUGAGGGCUUUUAUCAGUGUGUGGCUGAGAAUGAGGCUGGGAAUGCCCACACCAGUGUACAGCUCAUCGUCCCUAAGCCUGCGAUCCCAAGCUCCAGUGUGCUCCCUUCCGCUCCCAGAGAUGUGGUCCCUGUCCUGGUUUCCAGUCGGUUCAUCCGUCUCAGCUGGCGCCCACCCGCAGAAGCAAAAGGGAACAUUCAAACCUUCACUGUCUUUUUCUCCAGAGAAGGUGACAACAGGGAACGAGCAUUGAAUACGACCCAGCCUGGGUCCCUUCAGCUCACCGUGGGGAACCUGAAGCCAGAAGCCAUGUACACCUUCCGCGUGGUUGCCUACAAUGAGUGGGGUCCGGGGGAGAGUUCGCAACCCAUCAAAGUGGCCACUCAGCCUGAGUUGCAAGUUCCAGGGCCAGUAGAAAACCUGCAAGCUGUAUCUACCUCACCUACCUCAAUUCUCAUUACCUGGGAACCCCCUGCCUAUGCAAAUGGCCCAGUUCAAGGUUACAGAUUGUUCUGCACUGAGGUGUCCACUGGGAAGGAACAGAAUAUAGAGGUUGAUGGACUGUCUUAUAAGCUGGAAGGCCUGAAAAAAUUCACGGAAUACAGUCUUCGAUUCCUAGCUUAUAAUCGCUAUGGGCCCGGAGUCUCGACUGACGACAUCACGGUGGUUACGCUUUCUGAUGUGCCAAGUGCCCCACCUCAGAACGUCUCACUGGAAGUGGUGAAUUCGAGGAGUAUCAAAGUGAGCUGGCUGCCUCCUCCAUCCGGAACACAAAAUGGAUUUAUUACCGGCUAUAAAAUUCGACACAGGAAGACGACCCGCAGGGGCGAGAUGGAAACACUGGAGCCAAACAACCUCUGGUACCUGUUCACAGGACUGGAGAAAGGAAGUCAGUACAGUUUUCAAGUGUCAGCCAUGACAGUCAAUGGCACGGGACCAGCUUCCAACUGGCACACAGCGGAGACCCCAGAGAAUGAUCUAGAUGAGUCUCAAGUCCCUGACCAGCCAAGCUCUCUUCACGUGAGGCCCCAGACCAACUGCAUCAUCAUGAGCUGGACUCCUCCCUUGAACCCCAACAUCGUGGUGCGAGGUUACAUUAUUGGUUAUGGCGUUGGAAGCCCUUAUGCUGAGACAGUGCGCGUGGAUAGUAAGCAGCGGUACUACUCCAUCGAGAGGUUAGAGUCAAGUUCCCAUUAUGUAAUCUCCCUAAAAGCUUUCAAUAACGCAGGAGAAGGCGUUCCUCUGUAUGAAAGUGCCACCACCAGGUCUAUGACAGAUCCCACUGACCCAGUUGAUUAUUACCCUUUGCUUGAUGAUCUCCCCACCUCGGUCCCAGAUGUCUCCACCCCCAUGCUCCCACCAGUAGGUGUACAGGCUGUGGCGCUGACCCACGAGGCCGUGAGGGUCAGCUGGGCAGACAACUCUGUCCCCAAGAACCAGAAGGCGUCCGAAGUGCGACUUUACACUGUCCGCUGGAGGACCAGCUUUUCUGCAAAUACGAAAUACAAGUCAGAAGACACAACAUCCCUGAGUUACACAGCAACAGGCCUCAAACCAAACACAAUGUACGAGUUCUCGGUCAUGGUAACAAAAAACAGAAGGUCGAGCACGUGGAGCAUGACGGCACAUGCCACCACGUAUGAAGCAGCCCCGACCUCUGCUCCCAAGGAUCUGACAGUCAUUACUCGGGAAGGGAAGCCCCGUGCUGUCAUUGUGAGCUGGCAGCCUCCCUUGGAAGCCAAUGGGAAAAUCACGGCUUACAUCUUGUUCUAUACCUUGGACAAGAACAUACCAAUUGAUGACUGGGUUAUGGAAACAAUCAGUGGUGAUCGUCUUACUCAUCAGAUCAUGGAUCUCAACCUUGACACUAUGUAUUACUUUCGAAUUCAAGCGCGAAAUGUGAAAGGAGUGGGGCCCCUCUCUGAUCCCAUCCUCUUCAGGACUCUGAAAGUGGAACACCCUGACAAAAUGGCCAACGACCAAGGUCGCCAUGGAGAUGGAGGAUAUUGGCCAGUUGAUACCAAUUUGAUUGAUAGAAGUACUCUCAAUGAACCACCCAUUGGCCAGAUGCACCCCCCUCAUGGCAGCGUCACUCCUCAGAAGAACAGCAACCUGCUGGUGAUCAUUGUGGUCACCGUUGGCAUCAUCACGGUGCUGUACCUAGCAGAGUUCUUGACACAUAGUCAAGGAGGGGCAAUUGUCUGGAGUCGGAAACGGGCCACCCACAGUGUUGGCAAAAGGAAGGGCAGCCAGAAGGACCUGCGGCCCCCUGAUCUUUGGAUCCAUCAUGAGGAGAUGGAGAUGAAGAACAUCGAGAAGCCAUCAGGCACCGACCCUAGCGGGAGGGACACCCCCAUCCAAAGUUGCCAAGAGCUCACACCAGUCAGUCACAGCCAGUCAGAAACCCAAAUGGGGAGCAAAAGCACCUCUCAUUCAGGUCAGGACACUGAAGAAGCAGGGAGCUCCAUGUCCACUCUGGAGAGGUCACUGGCUGCUCGCCGAGCCACCCGCGCAAAACUCAUGAUCCCUAUGGAUGCCCAGUCCAACAAUCCUGCUGUCGUGAGUGCCAUUCCUGUGCCAACCCUAGAAAGUGCCCAGUACCCAGGAAUCCUUCCAUCGCCCACGUGUGGAUACCCCCACCCACAGUUCACACUCCGGCCUGUGCCAUUCCCAACGCUGUCAGUGGACCGAGGUUUCGGAACAGGAAAAACAGUGACCGAAGGACCAGCCACCCAGCCUCCACCCCUGUUGCCCCCCGCGCAGCCUGAGCACCCCAGCAGCGAGGAGGCCCCCAGCAGGACCAUCCCCACCGCCUGUGUCCGACCCACGCACCCGUUCCGCAGCUUUGCCAGCCCCUUGCUACCUCCGCCAAUGAGCGCAAUCGAACCGAAGGUCCCGUACACGCCGCUCCUGUCGCAGCCAGGAUCUCAAAAGCUCCUCACAUGUGAGAAGUCUUCACACUACCUGACACUUCCAUAUGCCCACAGACAGCCUGAGCAGAGAGUAGGGCCUGCUCUUCCUAAGACUCAUGUGAAGACGGCCUCUCUUGGGCUGGCCGGGAAGGCAAGGUCUCCUUUGCUUCCUGUGUCUGUGCCAACGGCCCCUGAAGUGUCUGAGGAGACCCACAAACCAACAGAAGAUCCAGCCAAUGUGUACGAACAGGAUGAUUUGAGUGAACAAAUGGCAAGUUUGGAAGGGCUAAUGAAGCAACUUAAUGCCAUCACAGGCUCGGCCUUCUAA